AUGACGACACCCAGUCCACUAUCAGGCAAAGUUAUUCUCAUCACCGGUGCAGGCAACGGCAUCGGCCGAGCAACCAGCAUCAAACUAGCCAGCGAAGGAGCCUCGCUAGCCCUAUCAGACAUAGAUCUCGCCUCCGUGAACGAAACAGCAGCCCAGUGCGUGGAACAACGGCCAGCCCAAUCCCACACCAUCAAUGAGGUAGACGUGAGCAAUGUAGCGUCUGUAAACGCCUGGGUGAUGGCGACCGUUUCACGCUAUGGCCGAUUGGAUCACAUCUUCAACUGUGCCGGUAUCAAUCCGAUCCAAAUUCCCACCGUCGACACUACAGAUGAAUACUCCCAGCGUCUGAUCAGCGUCAAUCUUGGAGGAACCUUCAACGUCUGUCGAGCGUGUAUUCCUCACCUGCUCUCUGGGUCCUCGGUCGUGAAUGUCUCGUCCAUCGUUGGUGUCCAGCCUCGUGCGGGAAUGGCGAUCUAUGCGGCGACCAAAGCCGGCAUUAUUGGCUUAUCCAAGUCGAUGGCGAUGGAGCUUGGUCCUCAGGGGAUCCGGGUCAAUGUAGUAGCUCCAGGCGAGAUCUAUACCGCGACCAAUGUGUCGGUCAUUGCGGGAGAAGAAACAGUGCAGCGAGCGGGUCAGAAGGUCGCUCUGGGUCGUCUAGGCCGGCCUGAUGAAAUUGCGGAUGUAGUGAUCUGGAUGUUCCAGAGCAGCUAUAUGAACGGCAGUGUCAUCGAAGUCAAUGGUGGAGUGGAGUAA